UUGUUUCUUCCUCUGUGAUCUUCCUGAAGCUAACUAUGGCAGUAGGAGAGAUCUUUCUUGCGGUAUUCCUUCAGGUGCUUCUGGAGAGGUUAACGCGUCAAGAGAUCCUUGGAAGCUUGGGAGGAGUUGGAAAAAAGCUGCAGAAAUGGAGAGAGACACUUUCCGCAGUUGCAGCCGUGCUUUACGAUGCGGAGGAGAAGCAGCUGACAAACAAGGCAGUGGAUCUGUGGUUGAAUGACCUCAAACACUUGGCCUCUGAUAUGGACGAUCUAGUACUCGACACCUUUUCCACUGAGAUGUUAGCACGCAAGCAGCUCAAGCUUCACCAAACUAGCAAAAGCAAGGUACGAGGCUUCUUCACCAAAGUUAAAUUCAACUUCAAUAUGAACUCCGAAAUAGACAACAUUGCUAAACGCUUGCAAGACAUAUUUGACCGGAAAGAGAAACUCGGUUUGAAAUAUAUUGAGCAAACCCCUACUUCAACAUCGUCAUCGCACAGGACACCAAGUUCAUAUGUGUUGGAUGGACCUGUGGUUGGGAGAGAUGGAGACACAAGAAAGAUUGUGGAAUUGUUGUCCAGAGAUGCUGAUCCUUCUUCUCCCAAAAAUUAUCAAGUUGUUGCCAUUGUUGGUAUGGGAGGCCUCGGCAAGACAACGCUUGCGGGACAAGUCUUCAAUGAUGUAGCUGCAAUGAAACAGUUUGAUCUCAAGGUCUGGGUUUCAGUGUCUGACGACUUCGAUCUUCAAACAGUGACGAGAGCUAUAUUUAAGGAAGUUACAUCUCGGCCUUGUGAUAUGGAUGAGUUCAGUCGACUUCAAGAAAAUCUGAGCAAGGAGAUCGGUGGUAAAAGGUUUUUGAUUGUUUUAGAUGAUGUCUGGAGAACGUGUGGUUAUGAUUCAUGGACAAAACUGCAAGCCCCCCUCCGUGGAGGAGCCAAGGGAAGUAAGGUAAUGGUGACAACACGUGAUGAAAAAGUUGCUGUAUUGAUGGGAGCCCCAGCCGGUGAAGUUUAUUAUUUAAAGACUCUAUCAGAUGAAGGUUGUUUGCAAGUAUUUGAGCAGCAUGUUAGCAAUGACAGGCCACCGAAUUUCGAGUUGCUUAAGAAGAAAAUUGUUACGAACUGCAAUGGAUUGCCAUUGGCUGCAAAAACUCUUGGUGGUGUUUUACGUUGUAAAGAAACUGACAAAUGGGAGGAAAUGCUGAAUGACAAAAUAUGGAGUAUAUCAGAUGAGAAUAAUAUACCCCCAGUACUCAGAUUGAGUUAUCAUUAUCUCCCUUCACCUUUGAAGAGGUGCUUUGCCUAUUGCUCAAUACUUCCCAAUGACUUUGAAUUUGGGAAACCCCAAUUAAUCCUUCUGUGGAUGGCAGAGGGUUUCCUUGAGCAAACAGAAGGGACUAAAGGAAUGGAAGAUAUCGGUGACGAAUAUUUUGGGGAGCUAUUAUCUCGGUCAUUAUUUCAAACCUCGGGCAAAAACAGUUCAUGCUAUGUAAUGCAUGACCUUGUUGGUGAUUUGGCACGAUGGGCUGCUGCAGACACAUUUUGUAGAUUGGAGGAUAAACAGCAUGGUAGAUGUUCUGCAAAGACUCGUCAUCUGAGUUACAUUUCUGCUAAGUUUGAUGGGGAAAAAAGAUUUGAGACACUUUCUGGAGCAAAACGCUUGCGGACUUUCCUACCACUUCCUGUUUCCCGUGGUUAUGAGAAUUAUCUAACUCGUUAUGCUACUUUUGAUAUAUUGCCACAAUUGAAGUACUUGCGGGUGCUCUCCUUCAAUGGCUAUAAACUGACCGAGGUGCCAAAUUCCGUAGGUAAGUUGAGACAUCUACGGUACCUUGAUCUUUCUCACACAUUAAUAACGUGUUUGCCUGAGUCAACAUGCAUGCUUUACAACUUACAGACGUUAAUAUUAGAGAAUUGUUCAAAAUUGAAGACACUACCUUCAAACAUGAGCAAUUUAUCAAAUUUACGUCAUCUCAACAAUUCAAACAUGCCUUCAUUGGAAGAAAUGCCUCCCAAAGUAAGUCGGUUGACUCAUCUGCGAACUUUGCCUAAUUUUGUGGUGGGGAAAGGUAGUGCAUCAGGGAUUGGAGAGAUACAGUCAUUGCAUCUUCGUGUGACCUUGAGUGUUGGAAGAUUGGAAAAUGUGAUUGAUGUUGGGGAUGCGAAGACGGCUCAAAUAAUGAACAAGGAAGGGCUGGAAAUCUUGCAAUUGGAAUGGAGCGGCACAAGAGAGAAGGAGUUGGAGGUGCUGUGCAGUUUAGAACCUCAUAAAAAGCUUAAGGAGCUGACCAUCAAGGGCUACAAUGGUUUCGAAUUUUCAAAAUGGAUUGGACAUCCUUCAUUCUCUGAUAUGAAGUCUGUGAAAUUGGAGAAUUGUAAAAACUGUCGAUUCUUACCUCCUCUUGGCCAAUUACCUUUUCUGAAAAAACUUCAGAUACAAGGACUGGCCAAUGUUGAAAGUGUGGGUGCUGAGUUUUAUGGAGAGUGCAGCUUGCCUUUUCCAGUGUUGGAAGUCCUGAGGUUCAAGGAUAUGCAAAAUUGGAAGGAGUGGCUUCCUUGCAAAAGAGAUGAAGAAAUUCGAGUUUUCCCAUGCAUGGAAAAGCUUUCCAUCCUUGGUUGCCCCAAAUUGAAAGGUUGGUUGCCCAAGAACAUGGAUUCAUUAUCACAGCUGUAUAUUGCUGAAUGUGAAGAGUUAGUGGUUUCAAUAGCCAAUUAUAAACAUCUUCGUAUGCUGAUCAUCCACGGUUGUAAAAGGGUGGUGCACAGAAGUGGAGUUAAGUUUGAGUUACUGGAGAUUAUGGGGCUUCAUAAUAUUUCAGAGUUCAGGCUCGAAAUAGACGGGUUCAUCAGAGGAUUGCCAAAGCUUCAAGGAUUGUGGAUUACUGGUUGUGAAGAGUUGACAUGUUUGUGGGAGAAUGAGGAUAGGUGGCUGCAGCGUCGAAUUUCCAAUAUUAUUGGAGGCAACAUAUCUGACUCCCCCUCUCACUUUAUUCAAGAGCUAAGAGCACUCGGUGUACUUGAGUUAACUGGAUGCUCAAAUCUAAUUUCUUUUCCAGAAGCUAGUUGGCCACCUUGCCUUGUACUUGUAAAGAUGGUGUCGUGUAAUUCUUUGACGCAUUUCGUAAGGUAUCAAGUACCGCCAAGCAUAAGAAGAAUAGAGAUAGAAAAAUGUCAAAAUUUGAAACUAUUAGUGAAGGAUGCUGGGGAGCUAGAGGGUUGUAUGGAGUACUUGAAGAUAAGCGAGUGUGCAUCUUUGACAUCUUUGACAUCAGGCAAAGGAGGCCGACUACCUAGAACGCUUAAAAAUCUUUGGUUAAGAGACUGUGAACAAUUGGAGUCGAUAAUCAAAACAUUCCACGAUGACACUUGUCUUGAUUAUAUUCAGAUAGAGGGUGUGCAAAUCUUAAAUCCUUACCAGAGAGGCUAUGCCACUCUCCAUUCUUCGCGCCUUAAAAAUUCUUACAUGUGGAAGUCUCGUUUCCUUCCCGAGAGGAGGGCUGCCAUCCAACCUGAUAUUCUUGUCUAUCUUCGAAUGCGAUCAAUUGGAAGCUCUCCCCAGAGGCAAUGACAACGUCAGCUCUCUUCAGACUUUGUUAUUGGGAUCCUGUGGAGGUUUGGCAUCCAUUCUAGAAGAGGGUUUCCCACCCAACCUAAUUAAACUUCAUAUUUUCGGUCCUAAAAGUUGCAAGCCUCUCUCAGAGUGGGGGCUUCACCACUUGGACAGACUCACCUCUCUUAAAGGCUUGUGUAUCAGUGGUGUAGAUCCAGAUCUGGUGUCCUUUCCGCCAAAGGAGGUGCUGCUCCCUACAUCUCUCAUUAACCUCAGGAUUGGAGGCUUCCCAAAUCUGAAGCGCCUGUCAUCAUCUUUUCAAUCACUCACCUCUCUUGAAUCCCUUUCAAUUGAUCGGUGCCCAAAGCUAGCAUCUAUUAUUGGAGAACAAGAGGAUCAUCUGCCUCUUUCACUUACACAGCUUCGCAUCUAUAAAGGCUGUCCGCUGCUCGCAAAGAGAUACCAAACAGGUAAAGGACGAUACUGGCCCAAAGAAAUAGCCCACAUCCCUUACGUUUAUGUCGGAGAUUUCAAGGACGAAGCCAAAGCCGACCGCUGGUACCUCCCUUCCUAAUGCAUACAAAUCAGCUACAACAAACCAUGAAGGUCCCUUGAUGCACAAUGAAAGUCGAGACAAGGGUAUAUAUGCAGUUAUGCACUACAAUGCGGAAGCCAGGUUAUAUGCUCAGAUGUCGUAUUUGGGGAGCUUGGCUUACUCCAUUCCCAAAAUCCAGAGCUACAAAAUCUCUUGCGAGGUUAUGCUCUGCGGUUUGUUACUAAUUCAAUAGAAAAGAAGGAACUUGCUGCUAAAAUUGAGGAACAUCAAGAGUCAGCUGCAGUUGAAGAAACUGAAAGCACCCUAAAGGAAGACAUGGCAGAAGACGAGGAAGGGAAGGAGCAGAAGAACAAUGGAUACAGAAUAAGUCCCUCUGCUGCUUAUCAUAUUGCUGCCUCUGCAGCUUCCUAUUUGCAUUCCCAUACAAGGAGCAUACUUCCAUUCAAAUCCUCAAAGGAUGAGACUGAUCAAGAUUCAACAGAAGAAAGCAGAGGAAGAGGCAGUGCUGUUAAUAUGAUGAAGUCAGACACAGAGCAGCCAAUUUCUUGACUAGAGUGUUAAAGCCAAACAAUCAUUCAUCUUUUGUUGUAAUCUAGAUCAUCUUCACGUCUGCACAGCCUAUCGAGUUCAUUUCCCAUACACCACCAUCGUCAUCAAACUAACUUUACUACUUAUUGUGACUAUAAAGAUGCAAGACAUACAAGAUUGAGAGAGUAAGUUUAGCAAUGGACCAGCUCAAGAGCCUUGAUCUACGCACCCUUCUAAUUCUGGUUUAAGGGCAGUAGCAAGUAAAAGGAGGAAAAAGUUGUUUGCAAUGAGAGCACCGUAAUCUUGAUCUGGGCUUCUAAUUCUGGUUUAAGGUAUUGUCCACUGAGUAAUUCCAAUUACUGUGCAUUGAUAUGCUUUUUGUGUGAUAUAUGCUUCAGUUAUGAGUGAUGUGAACGAUAAAUUUGUUGCAUGUGGGGACUGAAGUAAUCUAGUAUGACAGAUAAGUUUUCUUCAUUCAUAAAAAUGUCUUAUCUUAAUCCUAACCAUCAUUCUAUGUUCAAUGAUGUUUAUAAUAACAACUAAAUCACUGAAGUAAUUAUUGACUUUUUCUUUGGUGAAGAUGUUAGUAAUCUACUUUUUUAACUGCAAUAAUGCUGUUAAUUGGUAGCUUUAUUUAUUUUCUUUAUUCUAACUCAAUGCUCUUAUUCGAAUAUGUCAAUGUUUCCUAUGUCAUGUUUUUUUCGAGGGGAAUGAAAUGUAUUCAUAGAUCAAAGAUCAUUACAAUCAUAGUUUAAAGCAUCCUCCACAGACGGGGGAGCAGCAUCCAAAAAAAAUGGAAACAUCCUGUAACUGAUAAGCCUCCUGUGCUAAAAUGUGAGCCACUUGAUUAGCUGGCCUCCUAGUAUGAACCAACCUGGCUGAAGACAAAAGCACCAAGACCUCUCUCAGAUCCUCCACUAGGACCCCCAGCAUAGAUAAACAGUCACUAGAGGAGUCAACCUCCGUCACAACUUCCAAGCAAUCUGACUCAAUGAUCAAAGGUCUCCAGCCUCUUUCAAGCGCUAUUCUGGCUCCAUAGAGACAAGCUAAAAGUUCAGCCUGUUUAGCACUAUGGACAUCCUCCACAAAGUGCAUGAAGCCUCCUAAAAAUGAGCCUUCUGCGUCUCUUAAAGUGUCUCCUAACCCACUAGAUGCUGUACGUAGCAUUGACCAGAAGUAGAUUACUAUUUAACUAAGAAAAGAACAGAAGUAACUAGCUGAGGUCCAUGUGAAAGAUUCCUUCCAUUCCCCAGUUAAUAGUAAUUGUUUCAAGUCAGAUCACCUUAGUCCUUUCUUUUUUGAAAGCUGAAAUCCUUUCUUUUUUGAAAACUCAUAUCUCCAGUUUCAUAAGGAUUUAGGGAAACCCCAACUUAGUGUUUGUUUUUCAUUCUAUAUUUGUUUUGUUGUGCAGUGAAGUCUGAUGGUGGAGCUUUUGACAUUGACAAUGUGCACUAGAGAAAGUAGCAUGUAUAGUUCACUAGGCAUACUAUAUGUCUGCAUUGGCAUAUCUUUGGAAUAUUAAAUUUUUCCGUUUUCUAAAAAUUGUUGAAAACUUAAUGUCUUACCAUAAGAAGAUGAUAGUGUCGACUGUUUUCUGAAAUUUAUGUUUUGCAUCUUCUUUUAAAACCAUGGUACAGGAGGAGCACAAAACCAUUGAUUUCAGGGGACUUAUAUGUGCAACUCUCAUAGCCUAUCCAGUGUGUUCACACAUAGUAAAUAUUCAAUAAAAUGUCAAGACCUCGGUGGUCGAUAAAAAUUCAGAACGUACUUGUUUUCACUUUUCACUCUUUUCCAGUUUCAGUGGUCGAUAAAAACAAAAGUGAAAUAUUAAAACAACUCAAUUAAUUUAAUAUCAUAUUUAUUCAUUUGUCCAUUUCAUAUUAUAUGCCUGCUGUUUUACCUUUAAUACAUGUACAUGCGGAUCCCAUUUCCCUCUAUCUGAAUCUUACAACAAAUGUGAAAGGUCCCUUGAUGCACAAUGAAAAUUGAGACUAGUGUAUAUAUGCACUACAAUGUAGUUGAUGCACCUCAAAUCUAGAGACACAUGCAGAGUAGUUAAUUUUUUGACUGCAGUUCCAAAGCCAAUCAAUCAUUCAUCUUCACGUCUGCACAGCCUAUGGAGUUUCCCAUACACCACCAUCAUCAUCAAACUAACUUUACGACUUAUUGUGACUAUAGAGCCGCAAGAAGUACAAGAUUGAGAAAGUAAGUUGAGCAAUGGACCAGCUCAAGAGUCCUGAACUCUUGAUCCAAGCACCCUUCUAAUUUGUGUUUAAGAUUAUAGGGCAGCAUCAAGUACUAGGUGGGGAAAGAUGUUUACGAUGGAGCACCUCAAGAAUCUUGAUCUGCCCUUCUAAUUUUGGUUUAAGAUUGCCAGACAAAGAUUAUUAUGAUGGCCAAUGAGGUAUUUAAGCAUGCCUCUCCAUUUCAGAGUGAUGAACUUCUGGUAAGAAUCAAAUGAUUCUGCAAAAAACUGGAGUUUUGAAGGUUGUUGGGGAUUUUGCAUCAGUGUUGAAGGUCAUCUUGUUUGAGUGCGGUU